GGGGAGGGCUGGUAUAAAGGCCGGUUCCCUGUUGCUUGCUCCCACUCCAUCUGUUUUUUCAGUGGGUUUGAUCUGCAGGGGAUACUCCAGUAUGAUACUCCUGUUUACAGCCACCUUUACCAUCAUGGUGCUAUCCUCCCUGGACCAGGUGGAGUCUUCAGCGUAUGACAAGAUAGUCACACACAGUCGCAUCAGGGCUAAGAGUCAAGGGCCCAAUGUGUGUGCUUUGCAGCAGGUCAUGGGGACCAAGAAAAAGUACUUCAGCACAUGCAGGAACUGGUACAACAAAUCCAUCUGUGGCAAAAAGGCGGUGGUCUUAUAUGAAUGCUGUCCAGGUUAUAUGAAGUUAGAUGGGAAGCAUGGGUGCCCCGCAGUGGCUCCUAUUGACACUGUGUAUGGCACCCUGGAUCUGGUGCAAGCCAAGAUCACUCAGCAAUACUCCGAUCAGUCCAAACUGAGGGAAGAACUUGAUGGAGCGGGAUCUUAUACAAUGUUUGCACCCAGUGAUGAUGCCUGGAAAGAGUUAGAUCCUGCAUCAAACGCUGCCUUGGUCAGUAGAAACACUAAGCUUUACGAUGCACUCUGCUAUCACGUGGUCAACAAACGUCUUCUCACCAAGGACCUGAAGAAUGAUAUGAUCCUACAGUCCAUUAAUGACAACCAUGACCUCUAUAUCAAUCACUACUCAAAUGGAGUUGUCACAGUGAACUGUGCCAGGAUCAUUCACGCCAACCAGGUGGCCACUAAUGGAGUUGUGCAUGUUAUUGAUCGGGUCAUCAGCUUCGCAGUUCAAACGAUCAUGGACGAGAUCGAAACCAACGAUGAUCUGACAACACUGAAAACUGUUGCUUUGAGAUCGGGUCUCCAUGGUCAACUGGGAGAGUCCAAACACUACACACUUUUUGCUCCAACCAACGAGGCCUUUGAAAAACUAGACAGAGAUGUGCUGGAGAGACUUAUGAGUGACACAACUGUACUUGAAGCCCUUUUGAAGUACCACCUCCUGAACUCAGUGCAGUGCUCUGAGGCCAUUAUGGCGGGCUCCGUCUAUGAGACUCUUGAGGGCAGUAAUAUUGAGAUCGGAUGUGAUGGUGAGAGUCUCACAGUUAAUGGUAUCAAAAUGGUGCUGAAGAAGGACAUUGUCACCAGCAAUGGGGUCAUUCAUCUGAUCGACCAGGUGCUCAUGCCUGACUCAGCCAAGCAGGUGAUAGAGCUUAUAGGCAAAUCUCAGAACAUUUUCAGUGACAUGGUGUCUGAGCUUGGCCUGUCUGCGGCCAUGCAGCCUGAGACCGAGUAUACUAUUCUUGCCCCACUGAAUGGAGCCUUCUCUGAAGAGUUAAUGUCCAUGGAUCAGCGCCUCCUGAAAAUUAUUCUGGAAAACCACAUUGUGAAACUCAGAGUCUCUCUGAGUGACCUCUACAACGGCCAGCUGCUUGAAACACUGGGAGGAAAACUGCUCAGAGUCUUCAUUUAUCGCACGGCUGUGUGUAUUGAGAAUGCGUGUAUGGUCAGAGGCAGCAGGGAAGGCAGUAAUGGUGUCCUUCAUCUCAUGCGAUCACUGAUUCAGCCACCCGAGACAACCAUCUACAAGCGGCUCUUGAAAGACGGACGCUUCAAAAUCUUCCUGUCUCUGAUGGAGAGUGCUGGACUGACAGAUCUACUGAAGCAGGAGGGAUCGUACACACUUUUUGCUCCUAUCGAUGCCGCCUUUGACACCCUGACAGAGGAAGACAUCACUCUUCUGAAAAGCGACAUCAACACCCUCAGGGCGAUCCUGCUCUACCACUUUAGCAAUGGUGUGUUUAUUAAUGGAGGCUUGGAGGGUGGAGUGACUAAUCUUCUUAAGACCAUUCAGGGCAACAACCUUCAAGUGCUGUCUGUUAACAACUCCAUCCAUGUAAAUUCAGUGGAGGUUCCAGAUUUUGAUCUUAUGGCAUCCAAUGGAGUGAUCCAUGUAGUGAAGACCAUCUUAUAUCCUCAAGAUCUGCCAGUUGGCCAUGAAGACAUAUUGAUUCUGCUGAAGAAACUCAUCAGACACAUACAGCUGAAGUUUGUAUCUGGAUACACCUACCAUGAGAUUCCACUUACGUUCAUCAAGAGGACUAUAACUACUCAUGUCAUUGAGAAAGGUCCCAAGGUCAAGGUGGUGAUUGGAGAACCAGGCAUCACCACAGUUAAACGAGUGAUCAAAGGAGAUUCGAGGGUCACCAAAGUAAAAAAAGGGACUGAAAGAGAUCCUAAUGUCACCAAAGUUCCAGGAGAACGUCGUGGAGAUCUGAGCUUCACCAAAGUUAGACAAGUUGUUGGAAGAGAUCCUAGUGUCAUCAAAGUUACACGAGUGAUUAAAGGAGAUUCGAGUGUCACCAAAAUAAAAAAAGUGACUGAAAGAGAUCAGAAUGUCACCAAAAUUCCGGGAGAACUUCGUGGAAAUCUGAGCGUCACCAAAGUUAGAAAAGUUGUUGGAAGAGAUCCUAGUGUCACCAAAGUUACACGAGUGAUCGAAGGAGAUUCGAGCGUCACCAAAGUAAAAAAAGGGACUGAAAGAGAUCCUAAUGUCACCAAAGUUCCGGGAGAACUUCGUGGAGAUCUGAGCGUCACCAAAGUUAGAAAAGUUGUUGGAAGAGAUCCUAGUGUCACCAAAGUUACACGAGUGAUCGAAGGAGAUUCGAGCGUCACCAAAGUAAAAAAAGGGACUGAAAGAGAUCCUAAUGUCUCCAAAGUUCCAGGAGAACUUCGUGGAGAUCUGAGCGUCACCAAAGUUAGACAAGUUGUUGGAAGAGAUCCUAGUGUUACCAAAGUUACACGAGUUAUCAAAGGAGAUCCUAGGGUCACCAAAGUAAAAAAAGUGACAGAAAGAGAUCCUAGUGUCACCAAAGUUACACGAGUGAUUGGCAGAGAUCAGAGCAUCACCAAAGUUGCUGAAGGAAAUCCAUCCGUUACAAAGAUCACAAGGCUCACUGAAACUCACAGUGCAUCAUCUGAUGGUGAAAUUGACACUGAGGGAGAAACCAAGAGACUCAUGGGUGAAGAUAUAACCAAAGUGCAGACGUUUCAAGGUGGUGACGUACGCAUCCUCCAGGAGGAAGAUAUCAAACAAAUCACUGAUGCAAUCACUCAGGGAGGUGGACCGGGGAUCACCACUAUAACUAAAGUCAUCAAACCAGGGGUCAAGGUUGUUGAAACUGAACCAGCACUUACCACUUUGACCAGAGUAAUUAAGAAAGACCCUCAGAUCACUGAAGGGGAAGACACUGAACUGCAGAUCAUUGAAGGACCAGAUUACUCAAAGAUUGUAACUUUCAAGGACAGUCCAGACCUCCUUGAAUCAGAAUCAGAGAGAAUCACCAGAAUCAUCAAGGAGGGCCGUUCUAAGACACGAGCUGCCGUCAGACAACCACAAGACUGAAACACAGGAUCAAGGCAAAGAGUGAGAAUGGUCAACCAUCACUCCAGACCCAGACAGUGAGAUGAAUGGGGGCUCACUGUACCUGGAGAUCCAGCUAAAGUGAAAGACAGUGUUGUAGAACAAUGUGUUUGUCCUGCAAAUACACUUUUACUACCAACCGCAUUGAAUGUUUACCCAUUAGAAACCAAAGCAGUAAUAUCUUAGAUCUGUGUGGCACACACCCCACUUUAACUCAGAUAAGGGGUACUUGAAAUAAUGGUGGUUAUAAAGAGACAUUGGUCAUUUUCUUUUUUUUUUAGCUGUUUAUAUUGUUUUUUAAAUAUAUAUACUGUAUGAGCCUUGACAUUGAGCUUGUGGUGCACAUGAUAUUUUGUGGUGCUUGCAUUCAAAGACAUGAAUGCGUUUUCAUCUUUAAGGAUCAGCAAAGCUUUGGCUGUUGAGUUCACUUUAAGUUAUGCAGCUUGUAACUUUCCAUCUGUUUCUAAUUUUCUGGUAAUUUUUUAGGAAUUUGUUCACGUCUACAUUUUUUACAUUUGUUUUUUUUUAUUAGAUGUGGGGGGGGGAGGGGUUAUAGUAGAAAUUCAAAUUGUCACAUUGAAAUAUGCUUCAAUGGAGUUAAUAAUAAAAUUAAAUAUUUUCUGUUGUUUAUCUCCAAAAACUUUUAAACUAUUUCAGUUGAUGAAUCAUAUAAAAUACUAAACAGCAGUGUGAACUGUCCUGGGACAUUGUGCUGUGACUUUUAGGCCCAUCAUUAGCAGUCAUUCUCAUCAUAUACUUCAUGAAUAUGAUGCCAUUGACUGCUAAUGAUGAGCCUAAUGAUAAUAGUCAUCACCAACCAUUUGAAAGUACGAAGUCACCUUUGAAGUGACUGAUUCUCAGUCUUCACACAUUCUGCUAUCAAUUUGCUAUUCAUCUUGAGUUUAGUAUGAACUAAAAACGUUAAUCCCUUUAUGUUCUUGUUUUCAAAUAAAUUGCAUAUCAGAAAUGACAUGACGUGAAUGCCAAAACUAACAAAGAAACACGUACGUUGACAUAGGGGAUUAUGUAGCAGCAUGCACGCCUUUACAUAAAGACAUAUGGAUGUCUUCAUGUUUCAAAAGGAGUAAAGCUUUGCUCCUUAAUAUAAACAAUCUGAAUCCCCAGACUUCAUUGGGAGGAGAAACUUGUUAAGUCUGGCAAGUUGUUUUAGAUAGUGUAUAUACACUCUUUAAACUGAAUGCGUCACCCUAUCAUCCAGUUUAAAGCUGUCCAUUGUUUGCACUGCAUGGUCUAAAGUGGAAGCUGCUAAAUCAUACCAAAUAUUGAUCCAAAUGAUCCACUAAAACUAAAACCAUAAAGAAACAUUUAUGUCACUAUAAAUAAAAUGUUAAUGGAAAUCAAAUAGAAAUCUCAAAUGUAUUUUAUUUCUAGUUUCACAUUUUCAUAGUUCAUCUGUUUAUGUACUACAACUGAAAUAAAAAGUAAUAAAAACUUUAUAUAGACAAAAAAUAAAAAUGAAAAAUAAAAAAUAUAUAAAUUCUCAUAAAAAAUAUGCUCAAUGAUAUUAAAAUAACACUCAUUGGCAAUUAAUCAUUACCUUGUUCCCAUACGUUUUGAAAACAUCCACUGAAUCUUUUCAUUCCUCAGCAAUAUUAGUGCAGGAGAAAGAUCUGUGAGUAUUGAAAAUCACUUUAACUUUAAUCUACUUGUUAAGUUGAUAUUUACAUUAUGGAACAGAAUUGCUUUUUUUUUUUUUUUUUUUUUUUGCCAUUGCUAUUAUUUAUAUUAGUGAUUUCAGUGUAACCUUAGAUAAAUCUCCUUUAUCAGUUCUUUGUGGAAAUGUCAUGCUAUUGGAUCCCAGUUCAUCUUUAGUGAGCCAACAACAACUGACUUGCACUUACAGUAUAAGGACAAGAUUAAAGGCCAUUUCUUUCUCCACACAUCUGCUACAGAGAAAUUCUUGUACUGUGGCUGAACUUGCAGGUUCACACAUGUGUUCUAUUAUUCUCCAUUCGUGUGCUCUAGCAUGGGGACAUUUUUGCAGAGCGAACAUGAUUUCUCAUGUUUGGAGAGAUGACUGAGGAGAAACGUGC